ACUCUAUUGGUCAGAACACUUAUUUUCAGCAUCAACAUGGCUGUAUGCAGAAUGGUGUGCUUUCUUUAUGGAAUCAUUUUAAUUAUUCACCUAUACUAUCCAUUAUACAUCACAAAAGCCCAAGGGUCAUCCCCUACUUUGACAGCGUCCUCAUCCAUUCUAAGUGUGACAGACUCAGUUGAUCUGAGCUGUGCGGUCUCUGGGUCUCUUCCUUUGUCACACUGUAUCUUCUCCUUAGCGGAUAAAGAGGCAAAUAAGUACAAAGUCCCAACAUGCCAGCUGUCCUUCACAGGGGAGGAACUGUUGACAUGGUCAGACUUGGUCAGAUUACCUGCUACAGUCAGAGUGAAGUGUUACACUGCUGAUGAACCAUCACAGCAUUCACGAUCUGUUUCAGUUUCUGUUACAGCAUCAACUACUGUUGCUCCUCCUCUGAAGCCCAACCUGAAGAUCUCCCCUGCAGUCCUCAGAGAGAGCAGCACAGUUCAGAUGACCUGUGAAGUACCUCAGUCUCAGUCUGCGUCUCUGUGUGUCUUCUCCCUGGAUGGGAUAGCAGCUGCUCCAUACAGUUAUAAAUCAUGUCACAUCUCCCUCAGUGGUGUUCAGAUCCAGAAGUGGACACAUCAGAGUUCCCCUCUAGAGGCUAAAGUGGGGUGCUAUUACCUCACAGCAGAAUCUGCAGAGAACAUUAAAUCAAGUCUCUCUGUACUUGUUUCAUUGACUGUUCUGGACAGACUGCAGAAGCCUAACAUAACGGUCAGGCAUGAUGGCUCCAUCGCCAUUGGCUGUGACAUACCAAAGCAUUUUGGGGAGGCCACCAGAUGCCAACUUUACACUGGAGAUGAAAGCAAGCCUUACAUAAGAAUAAAGACAUCAAAGAGUGCGUCUGGAGAUGUGUCCUGCCAGUUUACUGUGAAUGAAGAUGAUUUAUUCAGACGUCUGCCGUCAGUGGGAAGCAGAGGGGUGAGCUGUGAUUAUACAGUGAACACAGAACCUCCAUCACUCUCUCCACGCAGUGACCCUUACAACUUUAAAGUAGCCACAGCAACAGAGACACCAACAGCAACUUCAACAUUAACAUCAACAACAAAAAUACCAGCAACAGCAACAUUUCCAUCAUCCUCAGGGCCAGCAGCUGUAACCUCGACUAGUCUACGUGACUACUCAACUCGCCUGCACUCCACUCAACAUGCAAAGGGUUCCUUCGCAUUUGGUCCAUGGAUAUCUGUGCCAGUAGUGGCACUUGCAGUGGGCCUGUUCCUGGUGGUCCUCACAACUGCUUGCCUCUGCUCCAAGAGACAUAAACACACAAGAUCAUUGAAUACCACCUAUUGGAGAAGUGAUUCUGUCAGAUUUGGUCCAAAUAAUAUCAAGCAGCUGGAUAAAGAGGGUGAUAGCUCUCUCCUCGCCGUCUCAGAAACCUCAGGCGCUGAUCUGAAAAUACACGCAGGGGAGGAUGUGUCCAAAGCAUGUCAUGUGUACAGCACCAUUCCUGACACACUGGAAGUUCCCAGCCGUCAGGACACCACCUACAGCUUAGCUCAAGCACAGAAGGAUCCAGACACCACCCAGCAGAGCAUGGCUUACAGCUUUGUGCAGAAUGUCUAAUUUCACUGCUCUUGCAGUCCUUAAACUGCAGCUUCAGUAUAAUAAUAAGUUGUUCAAAAAGGAUAGAAAAGCUUCAACCAUUGUGUCAGUAGUAUACAGAUAACUGUGCCAUCAGUGAAGUAAAUAGGCACUGCACUACAGCAUAUAAACUGUAGCCAAAAUGCUAAUACAGUAUGCGCUAUUCUUCUGACACUUUGUAAAUGGCACCUGUAUGCUAACUUAUCUGAAAAAGAAUCACAUGGAAACCUUA